AUGGUCGCCGUUCAUCAAAUUCUGACCGAGGUCACUCAUGUCGUCAUUCGCGCUGCCGCCGCGGAAGAUCCCUCAUCGACGACCUCUCAAGCAGCUGCUGAGACGACAGACAGCGGAAAUGAGAAGAAAGACAACGGAGGCGGGUCGAAUUCCCCUCUUCUCUUCUUUGUUGCUCUAGGUUUCGGUGUUGUCUUCACAAACUUAUGGAUCAUCGUUGGUGUUAAAUACUGCUUUCGUUACAACGCUCGAAAUCGACAAAUGCGAAUGAAUGAAGAUGGCGAACCUAUCACACUUGAAAACAUGCCCCGACCUCAUCGCAGACGCCGCGAGAAGAAGUUGAUGACUAUGGACGAAGUCAACGACAAGUUCCCGAUGAUGAAGUACAAAACAUGGGUUUCCGAUCGCGCAAAGGAGGGUCUUCCAACAACUGGAGGCGUUUCUGCACCUCCUACUCGACCUAACAGUAUUCGAGAGGCGGAUGGGAUUGUGCCAGACUUUUCAGCAAAGGUACGCGAUUCGACCGACGAGCAACUGGCAACCACCGUACCAAAGACGAAAGGGCAGGGAGAGACAACGGGAGCAAGCAAUGCCCCCGAAGUAUCGGCACCCGAAAUUACCGCCACAGCUGUUGUACCCGAGACCGAGAAGCCAAAAGAUAUAGCCAAGACAACUGAAGGCCAAACCUCAACCGAACAGACAGCAAACAAUAACCGACUUCAGCGAAUCUCUAGUGAGGAGACCGAUGACGAGGAUGACCACAUUGAUGGCGCUCUGCCACCCGAGUGCCUCGAGAACCCUGGUGAUACAUGUGCUAUUUGCAUUGACACACUGGAAGACGAUGACGACGUUCGCGGAUUGACUUGCGGCCAUGCUUUCCAUGCCGUCUGUGUUGACCCUUGGCUGACAAGUCGACGAGCUUGCUGCCCGCUUUGCAAGGCCGACUAUUAUGUCCCUAAGCCUCGACCGGCUCCUGAUGCUGCCAAUGAAGCUGGUGUCAACAACGGUUCAAGCUUUGAUCCUCGGAAUAACCCACGCUUUGGUCUCCCUGCCGCGAUCCGCUCUGCAUGGAUCAGGGGUCCCCGCAGUGGUCGCAACGAAAAUUCGGCCCCCGCCAGUCGACGACGUCGAACGGGAGACGCUGCAGCUGAGCAGGAACCUGUCCAACAGCCGGAACAGGCUCACCAAGCACCAGAAGUUACCCAAACAUCAAAUGGUGGUGUCUUGUCGUCUGUUCGAGGUGCUCUGCGUUUCGGCCGAGGGCGACAAGCACAAGAUAUCCAGAAUGGUUCUGAGACUGUAACACCAUCACAACUUGAAGCGGCAACCCGCACACCAGCUUCCACGUAA